AUGUCUGAGCAACGUCUGGCCUCCAUGAGCGCGGAAGAAUUCUGGGAGCUGGGCCCCAUCAAGGGGUGCAUCGAGAUCGCAAGCAAAGAAACCUGCAACGGGAAUGAUACGUGCCAACUAUGGCGCACGAUACUAGCGGUGAGUCUGAACGACUGGGCUUUUCUUAUCAGCCCUCACACCUACCCAGCCCGUGAUGGCGAACAUGGUGGUGUCGAAGACAACGACGGCGACGGUGAUACGACUACGAGCGUCAGCGAAGGUUCAGACAUCCCAGCUAAGCUUCCUGCGGCACCCAUACCAUUGUAUCCCAGGGGCCCCCGCCAGGGGCUGGCCCCGAGUCCGGAAGCUCGCCAGGCAAGUCGUGCCCCGUCUGGCAGCUCCAAACGGUGCGCCGAGGAUGAGAACGAGAGUAAUGAGGACGUCAAGAUAAAGCGUGAGAGCUAUAGUGAGGCCUCGGACACCUCCGAGGAGGUGCCCUUAGCUGCUCUCUGGAGGCCUAUGCCACUAUCCUCUUUCCCGAAUGAGCCGGUGCCUAGCAUCGAGGUAGAUGAUGACCUGGACGGUUUGCCACAAUCACCAACCCCGGAUCCUCGGGGCAGAUCCGAGCCCCCCGCCACAGCGCCCGGUGGUGCCGCGUUGAGAGCAGUGUCGGAAGGCUCCACGGUCUCAACGGUUAUCCUUAGCCAACCGAUGCUAACUCGAGGCAACAUUGCACAGCAUCACCCAGUGCCAGCGACCCCUAUCGGCCUCGCGCAACCAGCAGUCAAUCCGCCCAACGUCCCGGCAUCCCCCAGAUACUCGCCGAAUACCCCUUCCACCUCUUCUAACGGUAUCAACAGUGAAGAGGCGAAUAAGGAGAACAUCCGCUGGCAGGAUGACUACAGCCCGAUGAAGAGUCCGGAGGGGCCCCAAUCGGUAUCAACGCCAAGUGCUGCCGUGCUCCCGAGUGUCCCAAGCAACACGCCAGUCGACCCCCGCGAAGACAGCGCCAAUGAGGAAGUCAGCCAGUUCACCCUCACCAUUAAUGACCACAUCAACAUCUCCGAACAGACCGUCGAGCUGACCACCAUGGAACUCGUUUGCCGAGAUCUCUCGGUCCACCGGCCCCUGCUCCUCCUCUACUGCCUCGACAGAAUGAGCGACGAAGACGCCGAAAAGACCCUGAUCAAGUCGCUCCUAGUCGAGGACCAUAUGCGGCACCAGAUCACCGAGCUGAUCGAUCGCUGCUGCGCGCGAGUCCCCGAUCGCCGCAUGGAGCAAGACAAGCUUCGGUUCCGUCUUCUGAAGGAGCUGACGGUGGUGGUCGCUAAUGGGCCGAGCGUGCGGAUAUACGACUUCGAUCGCAGCGACGACGGGAUCUUUCUUCUGGGCCAGUGUGCGUGGGUGGCUCAGGAUGGCCGCCGGCUCACUAUCAACGACGAUCCGGAGGAUGUCUACCGCAUCGUGAAUCGCCUUGCCCGCCUAGGCCAUUAGUUCCUUUCGUGCAGUGGUCUGGUCGGUGGAAAAUCUACACCGGGAAAGCAUAAGAAAGUUGGCCCUCGGACGAGGAGUUAAGGUCAAAUAUUUUCUAUCGGG